UUGUUAUUACGAACGAUAUCUGAAAUACUAAUUGUAUAUCAGAGAUAUAAUAUACGUAAUAUAACCGUAAAAGAUGAAUGCAUUCACCAUGAGAGGAUAAUAAAUGUGGAGAAACGGGAAAGGAUUCCGGGAACCCUGGACCGCAGACGAAAACAGCGUCAAGCCGAGGACCUGCUCAAACCGAACGUCUGCAUACCGAUCGUUGGUUUUUUAUAAGCGCACGUCGGUGCACACCGAGCUGUGGCUGUGCGAGUGAGAGGCGUAUAGUUGUGUGCGUGCCAGCCCGUUCUCGCGCGCGCCGCACCAUUGUUGUGUGACUGUGCAGUACACUCGCGACUGUCGGCCGGCCGCGGCCCGCGUCACGUCUCUCCGCCGAAACUGCCGGCGAUAAACAAAAUAAUGACCAGUGUACCACAUUACGUGCAUCGCGAGUGCAAUAAGCGUCGACAGUGUGUGAUAACGAGUAUGUAACGUGCGUGUUGUGUCAAACCGAGUGAAUAUUUUGAACGUGUUUUGGAGUUGGGCGCGCGUGGAGUGCGCCAUGCUCGCCGUGUUUAGAUACAACACGGCACACAAUCUAACGGAACACCUCAACCUUAGGCAUUUUAAGUUCAACCUGACAAAAGUUAUCUGUGAUCUCAUUUUAGUUUAGUAAAAACAGUCGCCUAAAUUAGUUUAAGUGAAAAUAUAAACUUUUCGAAACGUUUGAAAGUAGAUGCAUAAACCGAUCCGGCUCGAAGGACCAACGUUUUAUUUCCGAGUGGACAUCAUGGAAGUUUAGUGCGGGUGUCAUGGAUGACAGAUAGUGGGUCAGGUUAUUUUAGGUUAGAGGAUGGGAUAGUGGAAUUUAGGGUGGGUUCCUGAAGAUGCCGCAUGCUCACUCGAGUUCGGCGGCGAGCUCGGGCGGUGACGACCUGGGCUCCACGGACGAGGUCAAGGUAUUCAAGGACGAAGGCGACGGGGAAGACGAGAAACGAAGUUCCGAAAAUCUUUUAGAAGAAAAGUCUAGUCUCAUUGAUUGGACUGAAAGCGAGGAAAAGUCUGGCGAACCUUACCCCGGUAAACUAUCGGUAAAGUCGGAUCUAAGUCCUGUUUUUGGUAAAUUCGAGCCGCAUCCUGCAGCAGGCUUCAACAUGGGCUACCUCAUGGCACCUUACCCGUACCCAAACGGCGGAGCGCACCCUUUACCCGUCUCUAUGUGGCUCGACGAAGCGACGGCAAUGAACCGAAUGACGAGCAAGAUGGGCCUGCCGGCUGGCGGGAGCCUGUCGCUGUUCUGUCCUGGCGGAGACCUGGCGCAGCCCCCGCCGGCGCACAUGGGCAUCCCUCCUCCUUACCAGCUCGACUCCAAGCUAGCAGCGGGUCUGGCGCGGACGCCCAUGUACCCCUUCCCUGGGGGCACGUAUCCUUACCCCAUGCUCAGUCCGGAGAUGUCGCAGGUCGCGGCCUCGUGGCACACGCCGAGCAUGUACCCUAUAUCGUCGGCGGCGAGCGGGUUCCGAAGCCCGUAUCCCACGUCGCUGCCUAUCCCGAGUUCUAGUCUAUCGAGUGAGUUGUACCGGUUCUCGCCGACCCUGGGCGGUGGUUUGGGCCUGGGUCUGGGGCCCGCGUUGGUCCCACCGCCCCCCUCCAAGGCGGACCUGGAUUCGCACCAUUCACGGUAUGCUAGGUCAUUAGAAAAAGGUAGCAGCAGCGGCGCGAAUGACAAGCAAGCGGACAGCGCCGCCAACGCUAACAACAAGGAGCAAACCAAGAAACCUCAUAUAAAGAAGCCGCUCAAUGCCUUCAUGCUGUACAUGAAGGAGAUGAGGGCGAAAGUGGUGGCGGAGUGCACGCUCAAGGAGUCCGCCGCCAUCAACCAGAUCCUCGGCCGACGGUGGCAUUCGUUGAGUCGCGAAGAACAAGCAAAGUACUAUGAGAAAGCGAGACAAGAGAGACAGCUCCAUAUGCAGCUGUAUCCCGGCUGGAGCGCGAGGGACAACUACGGUUACGGUUCCAAAAAGAAAAAGCGGAAAAAGGACCGCAGUCCCGCUGAGCUGGGAGGAAAUAACUUGAAGAAGUGUCGAGCGAGGUAUGGCCUCGACCAGCAGAACCAGUGGUGUAAGCCUUGCAGGCGGAAGAAGAAGUGCGUGCGGUACAUGGAAGCCCUGGCGGCGGCGUCGGGGACCGUGCCGCUGCCGAUGGCGACACCCCAGUCGCCCUGUUCUGAGGAGGACGUCAAGCUGGAGGAGUUGUCGGACGCGUCGAGCGACGGCGACGCGGACACGGGCAACUCGCUGUCCAGUCCAGGCGGGCUGAGCGCUCUGUCGUCGCUGGCGUCGCCCGCGUCCGACCCGCCGCCGCCGCGCCACCCCGUGGGCACGAACCCGCGCGACGCCAACAACCCCCUGUCCGUGGGGCAGCUCACCUCGCAGAGCUGGCCCCGCGCCACCGCCCGGCCCGGCCACGAGGUCAUCUCCGUCUCAUAGCGCAUACUCACCGAGCGCAACCGCGACACCACGCACCGGCGGGACGAUAAGUGACGGUUGUGAUACUGAACGUUACUGAACGUUACUGAACAUGAUUGUUUCAACGAUGUAUAGUUGCUACCUCUUUUGGCGUUUAUUUGAAUCGGGUGCUAAAUUGGUUUAAGUUUUGACGUCCGGGAAUACCGACAUUUUCGAGAUCUGUUACGGUCGAAGCGAUCGCGUUUUAUUUAUUCCGGACACAUAGCAGGAAGUAUGGCCUAAUGAUUUUGUUUGCUAACACGUUUAUUACCAAAUGUGCGGUAUUUCUGGAGAUCAACGUUUCACAUCUUUACCAAGUUAGAAGUAAACUGAAACUUACAGCGGGUGAAAAAGGCGCGGGCGAAGGCUGUUGACUGCAAACAUGACUUGAGGUGAACACCCCAAAAUAUAUGCCGACGCUUUUCGCGGCUUUUUUAUUCGGCUUUUUAGUCUAUCCGCAUUAAAUAGUCAGUUUGAAGUGAUCUCAAAAUUGUGAGCCAAAAUCGAGUCAUUUAUUGUGCAUUUCGUUCCAUACUUUUAAUAUUCGAAUAUUGUCGUCUCGCUAGUCACAUUUAGAUGUGCCAUUUCUAUCAUCUUUACUUCUACCGUAAAUUUCUACGUACCCCCUUGACGGAUAAAUUGUACUUUAUAUUCAAAUUAUCAAACUUCAGUUAUAAAGUUUCCGAAUUUAGAACACAGAUGGCGUUAGUAACACACGCAUUAACUACCGAAUUGUCCUUUUUACGAAGUUUUUCUAACAGCCAUUUGUUAAAAAAGAUCUUAAACGAACUAUUUUAUCCUUGGUCAAGAGGCUAUAUAGACUUUCCUUCUUUAUUCCAAUAUUUGAGUAGUAGAAGUAUGGCAAACCGCAUUAUUAUAUAAAUAUUUCAAAUAUCCCACACUACCAUGUACUCAGCUCCGAUAUAUCAAGAAAUAUUUUCGUCUAUGUAUAAUCAAAGAUUGUGACGUUAAAUUAUAAUGCAAUUUUAAACUACUGUUUUAUAUGUUUACUACAUUAUAUUUCGCGAAAAUUAAACUUCACACUGUGCAUCGAUGAUGAAAUUUGAUGAUAUUGACGAUUUUAACUGAUGCAGUCGAUGGAUAGUGUGUUUUAAAUGUAAUCAUUUGUCGUUUGACAACAAAGCAUCCAUUUGAAAACAUCGAAAAAUAUAUUACUCAAGCCAUUUAUGAUAUGCCACGAUUUCAUUGUACCGCACCAGCUGUUGUCUUUUUUGCUCUCUUAAUGUUUUGGAUAUUGAAUUAUAUUUGUCUUUUGGAUUUACGACUCGUUUGGGACACGUGGAAUGAUUUUGAUUCAAUGUAUUUUAUUUAACGAUGUUUAUUUGUCAAAAAGUGUGCCCAUUUUAUUAACUUAAAGGUACUUUAAAUUAUAACUCGGAUAAUGUUUAUUAUUUUUAAAUCAUAUUCGGUGUCAGAAUAUGUUUUAUUUUUCGAUCUUGAAUUCAAAUGUUGUUGCGGUAAUUUUUUUAAUCCAUAUCCGGUGAAUGUAUUUAAUUUUUUUCAAAUAUUUGUCUUGAAAACGAGUGGUAUAAUCCUGUUUACGUAAAGUUAUAACGGCCUGCACCACAUGGUUCCACGUAGCGUUAGAACUUUCAGUUUGGUUUAUAUAGUGUUUUCCCUUCGCGAUAAGCGUGUAUAAAGUAAUUGUUAAGGCGAACCGAAGGGAAAAUUGUUUUUCCGUUGUGCGGAACUUGUUAGACUGUCGUAGGUUAGAUUAGGAACGUUGUAUGAGUGAAAUAAUUAUUUUGGUUGUGUAUCGGUUGCCCUUUACAGACGCGUUUUAUGUUCGACAUUUAAAUUUUAAAUUUUAUCUACCACGCCAUCUAUGAAUGGUUUCUUGAAACUUAGUGCUAAAUUGACAGAUGCACUCGUUUUUUUUUAUUUUUUGAGCGAAAGGGCAUUGCGGUACACAAUCAAACACUGUAUAGUGUAAGUACGUACAUGAUGUAAAUGUAUAAAAUAUAGGUUUAAUCUAACUGUGUCAUACUAGAUCAUAAGUACUAUGCUACUUACAUAUGUAUACAUUAUAACUAUAUAAAAAGAAGUUUAAAAUGGAAAAUAUAAGUUGAAUAAUGCCUACUCAAAAUACCACGAUGACACAAGGAAUACGUAUUUUAACAUUGGCAACCCCCAGAUGAUAGAAGUUGUAAAUAAAUUUGUAAUUCAUGAAUAUUUAGGACCUUUUGGUAUAUAAAAUAUUGCAUUUAUAUAAUUAUUAUUAAAAUUAAAGAAUUGAAUAGUGCCCAGGGAAUGUUCGCAAGAUGGUUUGUUUAUCCGACGCCGCAUUUUUGUUAAUUACUUUUUUUAUUGUUAUUAUUAAGAAUUUUAACUUUGUUAAUUGCAAUAUCAAAACCAUGACUUAUAUUAAAAUUGUGCACUUACAGUAAGUUGAUUGUAUCGGACAUAAAUUUGUAAAAUUAUUCAAAAUUAUAAACACGACAGAAAGAAUCAGACUAUUUUAAAAUUCGACCGAAGUUCAUCAACUGAAUCAUUGUUUAAUCAUUCGUUUGAUUUUGCAUGAUAUACUUAUUGAAUUUUGUGCAAUAAUUGGAGUAAUGGGCUUCAUUCUCAAAUCUAUAUUUCAGUAAAAUAUUCCUCAAUAGAUUUAUAAUUUGUAUAUUGAGAGAUAUUUUAUAAAUCGGACACAAGAGAAUUGAGCUCUAGUAGUUUGAAAUUAGAAUUUCUUUUAUUAAUUAGGUCUAUUGAGUUGACUAAAAUGAGGGAAUGAUUUUAUUUUUUGCACCGACAACGGUUUUAUGUUUCAACCUCCGUGCCAAAACCAUCUAGAACGAAAUAAAUUGUCAAAAAUAAUACGGACACUAAAUAAUAUAUCUGUGCCAAAUUUAAAUACUUAACAAAUGUAAAUGCUGGUUUACCUCCGAUGGUCUUUAUGUUGAUAGAUUUUUAUAGGUUGUUUUUAUUGUUAAGGGAAGACAAGGCUCCAACGAGCCGGUUAAUUUUGUUUUGUAGAAAAAAAUUGGCAAAUUAGAAAAACUCAGUUUAUUAGGUCUGGUCCCAUGUCUUGUGUUCAGUUGAACGAAUAUUAUUUUAAUAAACAACUUAAAAAUUGUA